UUAAGAGUGGAAAAGGUACAGUGACGCAGUUUGCCCUGCACAGUCCAGGUUUUGAGUUGCAUGUCCCAAGUCCCCACAAAUAUUUCUCGGAACACUUAUACAUCCCAGUUUUCAACUUCAAACUUCUAUCAAAUUGUCCCAGUUUUCAGUGGUUACAUAGAAUUUAUCAUGUUCUUUAUAACAUAAGGCCAACCUAAAGCCAUUGAAGAAACAUAAACGGUACAUCAUGUGUCUGAAUUCAACGCUGAAGUGUGUCAGUCAUCAACAACUGUUCCAAUAUAAUGCCUGUGGACAGAGCGACCAUGACAGAGCUGUCAGGCCGGAGGAGCAUGCCAUGCGGAUAUGGGGCAGGAGCAGGAACUCCACGAUUUCGAGACCUAUGGUUUGAGGUUUUGAAAAUCUGGUCACCUAUAUCACAAGACAGGAGGAGGGUUUUCCCACCCUCCUUUGGGAGCUUUGAUGAGUCAGGAAUCUCGCUCCGGGACCACAAACUUCCCGGUCCGUACUCCCUCAGUGGCUAUAAACGCACACACACACACACACCGCCUGUGCCUCGCACUCGCACUCUAUCGAAACAGCUACACAUGCACACAUGUCCCAGAUCUCCUACUGAGCCAGAGCUGAGGGAGAACAAAUAACACACAAACACACACACACACAUACACACUCUGGGAUACAAAUACAUAAACACUCACGUAUACACAAACACUCAAAUUUUGAGAUACAAACACACACACAUACAGAGACCCGGAGACCUAGAGGAAAAAUGAGUCGGACUGUACCACACAGGGCGGCUUUCAGCGCUACAAAGAGAGGAGCCAGUGCACAGCUUGAGCUCUCAGCAGCCGCGGCUGGUCCGACAGCCCCUCGCGAUGCCCUGAGGAGAUUCCUCCUGCUGAAGUAUAUCCAGACGCUGCUGCUGCCACUGGGCAACGAGCUGCUGCUGGCCGUGGGUGCGCUGGCCAGCCUCUACACCCUCCUGCUGCUCUCCUCGCCGCACGUCUCCCGCAAGGCUUCUGUCGUGCUGCUGGGCCAGCUGGCCAGGGCCGACGGCCUGCUGCUGCUACGCUGGGGCCUGGGCCUCGAGUUCGGUCUCGGGCUGGGCGACAUGAAGCUUUCCCUGGGUUGUGAUGGGCAGGCAACCCCCUGGAUCGUUCGGGGCCUGCUGCUGGAGGCCCACCACCUGGCCAGCUUGCUGCUGCUGAGCUGCGUGAGCCUGGAGGCACUGCUGGUGAGCCACUGGGCGGCCGAGUCGCGCCACGUGCGAACGGCACAUCACGCAGGACUCGUCUGCACCCUCAUAUGGACCGGAGUGGCGUUGCAGCUGGGCUUACAGAUAGUAGGAUGCUGCUCGCGGGACUCAAACUUGGAGGCAGACGAGGGCUCAAAAUCAGACAUGGACGGGGGGUUAAUCAGGUGUUUCCUGCAGAUUUGUGCCACUCUGGCUCCACUCUCGCAUGUGCUGAUGCAAGGUUUACAAGCGCUGCUCUGGGUGGCGAACACUUGGGUGCUUUAUAAAGUCUUUUACCGUAAGACACAGAAAGGGAAGAGCUGUUUCCACUAGAACUCUUCCCCUUUUUGGGCAUAGCCAAAACAAACAAGCUGGAGUAGGAUGGAUUGUAUUUGUACUAUUUAUAUGUCUUCUGUUAUCGUUGUGGUUUUGAUUGUUUUGUAUUUAAGGUAUUGUGUGCUUGGAUCAGUGUAUUAAGGACAAUUUGACUCUCUCCAGGCAUUUAUGGAAAAACUGAUGUCAUCUGUGUGGCAUUCACUUGGUUAAGGAGAGAGAGAGAGAGAGAGAGAGAGAGAGAGAGAGAGAGAUCCGUGUUUGUUUGUGUGUGUGUGUGUGUCACAGCAACACUGAGGCAACAAUAUGACUGCUUGCUUACAGAGCUAAUAAAAGUUUUCAAUAAAAAAACA